AUAUAAUCGAAAAAGUUCAAAAAUAGAAUUUCAAGCAAGAAAACACGAAUAAAACGUUUUUGGAUAGAGCUUUUAAAAGAGAUUUUGCUAAUAAAUAUGUAUACACACACAUAUAUACGUUCUCGAAAGAGUUUCUAGAAGAAAAGAGGAAGAGGAAAAGUUUGACGCAAUUUCUUGCAAAGAGCCUUUUAAAAGUUUGUUUCCGCAUGUGCAAAGAUGGCACCAAGGCAACACCUUCCGCGCACAGUGUGCAUGUUGCUUUGCUGCACAUUGGUUUGUGGCACCCUUGCUCGUGCAGUUUUUCGAAAGCUUUGUAAAAUGUUCAGUUAAAAAAAAUAAAACAAAAAUAAAAUGGAAGACGAAAGUUCAAGAAAAUACUAUGGAAAAAGUUCGAUAAAAGAAUUUGAAGCAUGAAAACACUAAGAAAACAUUUUUGGAUAGACCUUUUAAACGAGAGACUUUGCUAAUAUAUACAUACACAUAUAUACAUAUGUUCUGGAAAGAGUUUCUAGAAGAAACGACGAAGAGAAAAAGUUUGACACAAUUUCUGGCAAAGAGCUUUUUAAAAGUUUGCUUCCGCAUGUGCAAAGAUGGCACCAAGACAACACCUUCCGCGCACAGUGUGCAUGUUGCUUUGCUGCUCAUUGGCUUGUGUGUGCCCAACACCCUUGCUCAUGCAGUUUUUCGAAAGCGUUACAUAGUUUUCUGUUUCGGAAAAAAAAAUAAAAACAAAAUAGAAGACGGAUGUUCAAGAAAAUAUUAUCCAAAAAGUUCAAAAAUAGAAUUUCAAGCAAGAAAACACGAAUAAAACGUUUUUGGAUAGAGCUUUUAAAAGAGAUUUUGCUAAUAUAUAUGUAUACACACACAUAUAUACAUAUGUUCUCGAAAGAGUUUCUAGAAGAAAAGAGGAAGAGGAAAAGUUUGACACAAUCUCUUGCAAAGAGCUUUUUAAAAGUUUGCUUCCGCAUGUGCAAAGAUGGCACCAAGGCAACACCUUCCGCGCACAGUGUGCAUGUUGCUUUGCUGCACAUUGGUUGUGUGUGGCCAACACCCUUGCUCGUGCAGUUUUUCGAAAGCUUUGUAAAAUGUUCAGUUAAAAAAAAUAAAACAAAAACAAAAUGGAAGACGAAAGUUCAAGAAAAUACUAUGGAAAAAGUUCGAAAAAAGAAUUUGAAGCAUGAAAACACUAAGAAAACAUUUUUGGAUAGACCUUUUAAACGAGAGAUUUUGCUAAUAUAUAUGUAUACACACACAUAUAUACAUAUGUUAUGGAAAGAGUUUCUAGAAGAAACGACGAAGAGAAAAAGUUUGACACAAUUUCUUGCAAAGAGCUUUUUAAAAAUUUUCUUCCGCAUGUGCAAAGAUGGCACCAAAGCAACACCUUCCGCGCACAGUGUGCAUGUUGCUUUGCUGCACAUUGGUUGUGUGUGGCCAACAUCCUUGCUCGUGCAGUUUUUCGAAAGCUUUGUAAAAUGUUCAGUUAAAUGAAAAUAAAACAAAAACAAAAUGGAAGACGAAAGUUCAAGAAAAUAUUAUGGAAAAAGUUUGAAAAAAGAAUUUGAAGCAAGAAAACACAAAAAAGAUGUUUUUGCAUAGACCUUUUAAAUGAGAGAUUUGCUAAUAUAUAUGUAUAUACACAGACAUAUAUACAUAUGUUCUAGAAAGAGUUUCUAGAAGAAACGAGAAAGAGAAAAAGUUUGACACAAUUUCUGGCAAAGAGCCUUUUAAAAGUUUGCUUCCUCACGUGCAAAGAUGGCACCAAGGCAACACCUUCCGCGCACAGUGUGCAUGUUGCUUUGCUGCACAUUGGCUUGUGUGUGGCCAACACCCUUGCUCGUGCAGUUUUUCGAAAGCUUUGUAAAAUGUUCAGGUAAAAAAAAUAAAACAAAAACAAAAUGGAAGAUGAAAGUUCAAGAUAAUGGAAAAAGUUCGAAAAAAGAAUUUGAAGCAAGAAAACACUAAGAAUACCUUUUUGGAUAGACCGUUUAAAAGAGUAAUUUUGCUAAUAUAUUUAUAUAUACACACACAUAUAUACAUAUGUUCUGGAAAGAGUUUCUAGAAGAAAAGAGGAAGAGAAAAAGUUUGACACAAUUUCUUGCAAAGAGCUUUUUAAAAGUUUGCUUCCGCAUGUGCAAAGAUGGCAUCAAGGCAACACCUUCCGCGCACAGUGUGCAUGUUGCUUUGCUACUCAUCGGUUUGUGUGUGGCCAACACCCUUGCUCAUGCAGUUUUUCGAAAGCGUUAUAAAGUGUUCUGUUUCGGAAAAAAAACAGACAAAAUGGAAGACGGAUGUUCAAGAAAAUAUUAUAGAAAAAGUUCGAAAAUAGAAUUUCAAGCAAGAAAACACGAAUAAAACGUUUUUGGAUAGAGCUUUUAAAAGAGAUUUUGCUAAUAAAUAUGUAUACACACACACAUGUAUACAUAUGUUCUUGAAAGAGUUUCUAGAAGAAAAGAGGAAGAGAAAAAGUUUGACACAAUUUCUUGCAAAGAGCUUUUUAAAAGUUUGCUUCCGCAUGUGCAAAGAUGGCACAAGGCAACACCCUUGCCCGUGCGGUUUUUUGAAAGCUUUGUAAAAUGUUCGGUUAAAGAAAAAUAAAACAAAAACAAAAUGGAAGACAAAAGUUCAAGAAAAUAUAAUGGAAAAAGUUCGAAAAAAGAAUUUGAAGCAAGAAAACACAAAGAAAACGUUUUUGGAUAGACCUUUUAAAAGAAUGAUUUUGUUAAUAUACAUGUAUACACACACACACAUAUAUACGUAUGUUCUGGAAAGAUUUUCUAGAAGAAAAGGGGAAGAGAAAAAGUUUGACACAAUUUCUUGCAAAGAGCUUUUUAAAAGUUUGUUUCCGCAUGUGCAAAGAUGGCACCAAGGCAACACCUUCCGCGCACAGUGUGCAUGUUGUUUUGCUGCUCAUUGGCUUGUGUGUGGCCAACACCCUUGCUCAUGCAGUUUUUCGAAAGCGUUGUGAAAUGUUCAGUUAAAGAAAAAUAAAACAAAAACAAAAUGGCAGACGAAAGUUCAAGAAAAUAUUAUGGAAAAAGUUCAUAGAAAACAGGAAAACUUUUAGAAAAUGUUUUUGGAAAGAUCUUUUAAAAGAUAGAUUUUGCAAAUAUAUAUGUAGACACACACACACAUAUAUACAGAUGUUCUGGAAUGAGUUUCUAGAGAAAAAGAGGAAGAAAGAAAAUUUGACACAAUUUCUUGCGAAGUUCGAAAAAAGAAAUUGAAGCAAGAAAACACUAAGAAAACGUUUUUGGAUAGACCUUUUAAAAGAGAGAUUUUGCUAAUAUAUAUGUAUACACACACACACACAUAUACAUAUGUUCUGAAAAAUAUUUUGUAAAGAGUUUGUAAAUAUAAUUUGCAUUGAAUCUUUGAAAAUACCUUCUGGAAAGACAGUUUAGAAAAAUGUUCUGUCAUUAAUAUGAUUAUUAAGAUGGAAAAAGUUAUUGCAAAUCUGCACAGAAUAGAAAAACAGUUGCGUAGUCCUUCAUCCACCUAAAACAGCAAUUACUCAGACAGUAACAAAGUUAUUGAAGGUAAAUCAACCUUAAUAAACUGGAAAACAAAAGAAUGUUGUGUGGUUGUGACAGUUAGUUAUGGGCUUCUCACGUAUAUGUCCGAAAGAGUAAUUGGUAAUGAUGCCUAAGAAACAUUAGAAAAGUAAAAUUGUAUUGCCUAUAAAAGUUCACAUAAAUGCAGGAUUAAAAAGAAUUGCAUUUAACAGAACCUAAUUUGAGGGAAAGCCAGCAGCUAAAUAAACAUAGCCUCGUAGCUAGUAGCUUUUAAUUUUCUCCUCCCUCUACCGUACAUGACAUUAGAGAACUCCUGAAACCAAUCACACCAUCCAUGAUACGGGAAAGCUAAAUAAACAACUUACUUGAUAGACGCUCGCCAGGGUUGUGCAAAGCCUCCUCACGAAGGAACUCGUCAACCGAAUUGAUAGCAUCCUUGGAAACCCUAUCGAGAGAAGAAGAAGCCGAAGCAACGAAGCGGAUGAAAAAUGAUACGCAGGAGCAGCAUCGGCAACAGGGUGGUCCAAGGAUUUGGAAUUCUUCUUAGGGGGUGAAAGAAGGGAGCAUCAACCGACUCGUGGCUACGUCCAAAUUGGCGACCUCCCAUGACUCCGGUGCUCCAAGACAUAUAAGAUAAGAGAAUGAAGGUCCCCACGACAAAGAAGAAGGAGGUAGUAAGAUAACUUGUGGAUCAGAAUUGCAUUUUCGAAAUUAGGGUUUGGAGAUUGGACGGAGAGUGAAGAAGAAAACUGAAGAGAGAAAUUGGCCAACGGCAUUAUUUUGUUUUUGGAAAAUUAUAGAGAGAAAUUGGCCAACGGGAUUAUUUUAUUUUUGGAAGGUUGAAUUGUUCAAAGACGUUGCGUGCAUGUGCCCGCCCACAACAAAUAUCCAAUAUAUUUGAGAUUCAUUUAUGGUUCGUGUGUUAAAGUUGAAGUCUCGAGGUCUUUGUUGGGCCUCGUGGGCCAAAAUUCAAAAACAAUUUGAACCAUCCAAUAAAAAUUGCCAUAGAAGCCGGGUGAAUUGGACCAAGCAUUAUCUUAGUUAUUAGGCUAUGUCUUCGAACAUGGGCUUUAUAACCUCAAGGCCCAAUUUCUAAUUUGUCAUUUCCCCAAAAGGUUGGGGGGCAAAACAGACAUUAAACUCGAAUAAAACAGCGUAGAUCGAAAGUGAUGUGAGCCGUCGGAUCGACAUUCCCCAACUUCUAUCCGUCGAUCUAGUAGACGGUAGACACAUAGCAAAGCGGCUCUCAAAAUUCAAAUUCUUCUCCUCAAUCCCGCCUGUUCUUAUUUUGGAGCGUCAGAGAGAGAGAGAGAGAGUGAGAAAGAAGACGCCAUUAGAGAGAGACAACCGAGGAGGAAUCAGAGCAGAUCUGGUUUUGAAAGUGAAGAAACUCCUUUGUAUUUGUUCAUUUCUUCUUGAUUCUCUGUUUCUCGCCGCCGAUUGAAGGAUGUCUGGUCGUCACGAGAAGGAGAAGGGCGUCAAUGUUCAAGUCCUUCUUCGUUGCAGGCCUUUUAGUGAUGAAGAGUUGCGAAGUAAUGCACCGCAGGUUGUUACUUGUAAUGAUUAUUCUAGGGAGGUGACUGUAUCUCAGAAUAUUGCUGGAAAGCAUUUUGACAGAGUUUUCACUUUCGAUAAGGUUUUCGGUCCUUCAGCUAAGCAGAAAGACCUUUAUGACCAAGCUGUAGUUCCCAUAGUUAAUGAAGUAUUGGAAGGCUUUAAUUGUACAAUUUUUGCUUAUGGACAAACUGGUACAGGGAAAACGUACACAAUGGAAGGGGAAUGCAAACGAUCAAAGAGUGGUCCAAAUGGAGAGUUGCCUCCUGAAGCAGGAGUUAUACCCAGAACCGUGCAGCAGAUUUUUGACACCCUAGAGGGUCAGAAUGCUGAGUACAGCGUGAAGGUGACUUUCUUGGAGCUGUACAAUGAGGAAAUUACUGACUUACUAGCUCCAGAGGAGAUUACGAAAGUUGCUUUGGAGGAGAAGCAGAAAAAGCAAUUGCCCCUAAUGGAGGACGGCAAAGGGGGUGUUCUUGUGAGAGGUCUGGAGGAGGAAAUUGUUACUAGUGCCAGUGAGAUUUUCAGCUUACUUGAAAGAGGAUCAGCUAAGCGUCGCACUGCAGAGACAUUGUUAAAUAAGCAAUCAAGUCGGUCACAUUCUCUCUUUUCCAUUACAAUACACAUUAAGGAAGCAACACCAGAAGGCGAAGAACUCAUCAAAUGUGGGAAGCUAAAUUUGGUUGAUCUGGCUGGAUCAGAAAACAUAUCUCGUUCUGGCGCCCGAGAGGGUCGUGCACGAGAAGCUGGGGAGAUCAAUAAAAGUUUACUGACACUGGGGCGUGUGAUAAAUGCACUUGUGGAACAUCUUGGGCACAUCCCAUAUAGGGAUAGCAAGCUUACACGGUUACUCCGCGAUUCACUUGGGGGAAGAACCAAAACAUGCAUCAUUGCCACAGUUUCCCCUGCUGUUCACUGUCUCGAGGAAACCCUGAGUACACUAGAUUAUGCACACAGGGCCAAAAAUAUUAAGAAUAAGCCAGAGGUCAAUCAAAAAAUGAUGAAAUCUACCUUGAUCAAGGAUCUCUAUGGUGAAAUUGACCGUUUAAAGGCAGAGGUUUAUGCCGCUCGUGAAAAGAAUGGUGUCUAUAUUCCAAAGGAACGAUACCAACAAGAGGAGAGUGAAAGAAAGGCAAUGGCAGAUCAAAUUGAACAAAUGGGAGUAACAAUUGAAACUUAUCAGAAGCAACUAGAAGAAUUACAGGAUAAAUAUAAUAUUCAAUCAGUACAGUGCUCUGAUUUGAGCAAGAAACUUGAUUCUACAGAGAAAACUCUAUGUCAAACUCAAAAGUUGCUAUCAAGCGCCGAGGAACAGUUGAAGAAAUGUCAUUAUUACCUGAAGGAAAAGGAUUUCGUUAUUUCUGAACAAAGAAAAGCAGAAAACGCUCUGGCUCAUCAAGCAUGUGUUCUGCGGUCCGAUCUGGAAAAAGCUCUUCAGGAUAACGCUUCAUUAUUUAUGAAAAUCGGUAGAGAAGAUAAACUGAAUACGGAAAAUCGAGCAGUGGUGGAUAAUUAUCAGAUAGAGCUUACGCAACAAAUCGGCUCUGUUUGCAAUAUUGUCUCAACGUCCUUGUCUCGACAGAAUGAACAUCUUCAAUGUGUUGAAAACAUAUGCCAUUCGUUUUUAGACAAACAUGAAAAGGCAAUAAUAGACAUGAAGAAAAAAUUAUCAUCAUCGAGAACAUUAUAUAUAUCUCAUAUUGAGGCUUUGCAAAAUGUUGUUCGUUUGCACAAAGCCAGCUCAAAUGCCACUUUAGAAGAUAUUUCCUCUUUGGCAUCUUCUAGUGCAAAAUCCAUUGAAGAAUUUCUGACAACAGAGGCUCGUGAAGCAUCUACGAUACUCGACAAUCUUCAAAGUACUCUUUCAACUCAAUCGAAAGAAAUGGCUCUUUUUGCAAGGGAAUUAAGACAGAGAUUUCACGUCACUAUUGAUCAAACGAAGGAUAUUUCGGAAUAUAUUGAAGAAUUCCUCUCUAAGUUGACUGAGGAAUCAAAGAGAUUGGGAAAUCAUGCAGCUGAGGCUGAAGAGAUCCAGAUGAAAAGCAUUGCAGAAUUUCAAAAAGUUUAUGAGGAGCAAUCAAGAUCUGAUACGGAGAAGCUUAUAGCUGAUAUGACCAAAUUGGUAUCUUGUCACAUUCGUCGCCAAAAGGAAUUGGUCGAUGCAAGGCUCAUUGGUCUUCAAGAAACUGCCAGUGCGAACAAGACGUUUUUGGAUGGAUAUAUUUCCUCCAUGGAUGGUAUGGCUACAGAUGCAAAGCGAAAAUGGCAGGUGUUUGCAACGCAGACCGACAGUGAGACAAGAGAUAGUGCUGACUUCUCCGCUGCUAAACAUUGUCGGAUGGAGGCGCUCCUGCAGCAAUGCGUCGGGACUACUGAUUUGGCUCUGAAACAGUGGAACAAAACACGAGAGUCUUUGACUGAGAUGGGUAAUAAGCAUGUUUCGGAUGUGGUGUCUGCUGUGAGAGGUGCUUGUGAUAGUAACGAGCAACAUGAUACCGAGUUUACUUCUGAGCGUUCUGCAGCUGAACAAGACAUGAUGACGAACAUUGAAGAUACUCUUCAACAUGUUGAUAGCAUUUCUAAACAAGAACGUGGUUCUAUCUCUGGUAUAUUAGAUGCUGUCAAAACUCAUACAGAAACAAUGGAAGCUUUCCGGACUGAUCACUCUUGCCAAGUUUCUUCCAUUGAAGAAAAAGCAAAAGAAACAUUUCGGCAGCAAUAUGCGGACUAUGAGCCAACCGGCAGCACCCCAAUCCGAUGUGAACCUGACGUCCCCAGCAAGAGUACGAUCGAGUCGCUGCGUGCCAUGCCAAUGGAAGCCCUUGUGGAGGAAUUCAGGGAAAACAAUUCUUUUGAUUUAUUGAGUAAUGGCAAAGAAUUGAAUCCAUCACUUAUACCGCGAGCGCCGCUGAUGGAGCGCAACUAAUUAAAAGAAAGAAAUCAAAAUUUGGUGGGAAGUUGAACCUGUAUCUGUGUAAUAUUAACUGUUGUUGUUAGUAGUAGAUAUACACAGCGAAAAGGUUGGAUGGAAGGGUAAGUUGGGUCAAGAAUGAAUAAAUCUUUUCUUGAGAUUUACUUAAGGAGAUCGGGGUUUUGGUCAUGAAUGAAUGUCAAUGUAUAUUAAGCAGAAAUGCCCUCCAUUUUUAAAUUUUUUAUUUUCAGAAAGAUACAGGAUUUGUUGUGUAGUGAAAGGGAGAUUCUUGAUUAAAAAGAAAGAAAAUAGUGUUGCCUUUCUUCCGCUAUU